AAAUCUAGUAUUGAACCCGCCGACUGUACAAGGUUUGUGAAAAUUGCGCGAGGAGUCGGCGCUCCUAACACUAAGCCCGGGCAAGUCAGAUAAGGAGAGACAAUGAAGCGUUAGAUAGACGGUGUUCUCUCUGGCCGAGGGCAGCAGUCUGCCGAACCGCACCGGACUGAAGCGUCCUGUACUGCCUGCUACUGCCCGCCUGAUUGUCACUCGACGUGAGGUUGGCCAGGUGUCUGUGAGUCUGCAGGGGCAGCCUGUGUGCUAGCACACACGCGUGCAGCUCUUCUAGUAGGUUACAUUAACGUGUUCUGGUGGUCUGUACUGAAGUUACUGCAUUGCUGGAACGAUGUAAAUUAUCGCUCUCUGGUACCAUACUUAUCAGAGGGCUCCCUCUGAGCUGGGCUGAAAUGACAUUUCUUUUGGUCGCUGCCUCUCAGUUUUGUGCGGACUGGCAGAAGAAACGGAGGCUGCUUUAAUGCGGGAAACACUGAGGCAGCUGAACCCCUGAAUAACUCUUAUCUCAAUAGCAUUUGUGUUCGGAAGCACCAAGGGUCACGAUUUUGAUAAAGCUAUACUUUGAUUUUUUUGAGAACGUGAUCUCCACUACCAAUUAAAAGGCACAGCUUUCUCAGCAAGUUUCCAGCCAUGACCAACACCAUAUUUGGGAACAAUACUGCUCGCUGGGUCUGCCCUAAUGACCGGCAGCUCACUCUCAGAGGAAAGUGGGAUCUACAACAAUGUGACCCAGAAGCCCAGGAAGUGGGAGCAGUCACCAAGGCCACGCUUCCUCCCUGACAAGGAAGCUAACUUACCGAUGAAUUCUCAGCCCAAAAUAUUGUCGGUUCACCAUGAGUGCGGGGUAACCGGGCUACACUGCAAGGGUAUGAGGAGAGAACUUGCGAGGCUGGGAGCCGGCUGGUCGGUGCACACAAACAAAACUGAGAAGCAGCGGAAGAACGAGGAGCUGACCGAGGAAGAGAAGGAAAUCAUCAACAGGGUGAUCGCCCGGGCGGAGAAGAUGGAGGAAAUGGAGCAGGAGCGAAUCGGGCGACUCAUGGAUCGCUUGGACAACAUGCGAAAGAACGUUCUGGGGGAUGGCCUUUCCCGCUGCAUCCUGUGUGGGGAGCAGCUUGGGCUGCUGGGAUCGCACUCCGUGGUGUGUGAAGACUGUAAAAAGAACGUUUGCACCAAAUGUGGAAUUGAAACACCAAGUCGGCCCCGACCCGUGUGGCUGUGUAAGAUCUGCAGUGAGCAGCGAGAGGUCUGGAAACGUUCUGGAGCUUGGUUCUUUAAGGGUUUGCCAAAACAGGGACUGCCAGAACCAAUCCCUGUUAAUAAGCAGAGUCUGCAGAUGGUCAAAGGAGAACAUCCUUCACAGGAACCUCCCAGUCCUGAGCAGAAACCUUCUCACAACUGGACUCAGAAUCGAGGUCAAGCAGAAGGUGGAGUCCCAGCUGCCCAAGGAGAAACGGAUGAGAAGGGAGAAAUCAGUGGAAAGUCAGGCACUGAGGCUGAGCCCGUAGGCCGAGGUCCUCCCAGCUACACUUCUUCGGGACGUCGCCCAACAGAACCCCGGAUGGUGGCAGGCAGUGAAUGUGGAGAAGGUGAGAGUCAGGACGGGUACAGUGGUGACGUGGAGGGUGACAGCAGCAGGAGUCCAGCAGCUGGACGACGUCAUACUUCAGCUCCAGUUUGCCGAGCUCCUGCAGCCCCACAACAAGCUGCUCUGGCACAGCCACCUCAAGCAAGUGCCCCUGGAACUUAUAGACCAGGUCAGGGAAUGACUCCCAGAUACCCAGAGCAAAAGCCAAUGUUAGGAUCUCCGGCCUUGUCGCAUUCUGUGUCCAGUCAACCUCCCCCAUCAAUGGACUCAGGUUACGGCCCAGCGAAGGAGGAUAGAGGUGUCCGUCAGCACGGCCAGUUUACUGCACCCAGCGUGGGCUCCGUAAAGCCUCCUUCCCGCCAACAGCAGCAGGACGAAGAGGACGAGGAGGCUUAUGACUCGGAUGAACCCACGACACUGGGAGCACUGGAGUUCAGUCUGAUAUAUGACCAGGUCAAUAAUGCUUUGCACUGCACCAUCGUGAAAGCAAAGGGGCUGAAACCCAUGGACUCUAAUGGCUUGGCUGAUCCAUAUGUGAAAGUUCACCUCCUCCCUGGAGCCAGCAAGUCAAACAAGCUGCGUACAAAAACUCUGCGCAACACCCGAAAUCCGGUGUGGAAUGAACGGUUAACGUACCAUGGAAUCACCGAGGAUGAUAUGCAGAGGAAAACUCUCAGGAUCUCUGUCCUGGAUGAAGACAAAUUUGGUCACAAUGAAUUCAUUGGAGAGACCAGGGUUUCUCUAAAAAAACUGAAACCUAAUCAAGUCAAGAACUUUAACAUCUGUCUGGAGAGAGUGGUACCGGUAAAGCGAGGUUCUACAGUUGGAUCCACACGGGGAAUGUCACUUUAUGAGGAUGAGGCUGAGCAUUGUGUUGAAACUGAAGAGCGGGGCCGAAUCCUCAUCUCCCUCCUAUACAACAGUCAGCAGGGAGGCCUGAUCGUAGGAAUUAUACGUUGUGUUCAUUUGGCCGCCAUGGAUGCCAAUGGAUACUCUGACCCCUUUGUCAAAAUCUGUCUCAAGCCUGACAUGGGAAAAAAGGCCAAACAGAAAACACAGAUCAAGAAAAAGACACUGAACCCUGAAUUUAAUGAGGAAUUCUUCUAUGACAUUAAGCACAGUGACCUGGCCAAGAAAACCUUGGAGCUCUCUGUGUGGGAUUACGACAUUGGCAAAGCCAAUGAUUAUAUUGGCAGUAUUAUUCUGGGCAUUAAUGCCAAAGGAGACUGCUUGAAGCACUGGUACGAGUGCCUGAAGAACAAGGAUAAGAAGACUGAACGCUGGCAUACCCUGUAUAAUGCGAAUCCCAUUCCCAGUGACUAAGUAUCACCCACCACCGCCAAUGUUUUACUUUUCACCAUUGUUCAUUUCCCUUCUCUUUGUCCCUUUCAUUCUGCUCAAAAUACUUCGAUGAAGGGUCACCAUUUUCAUGAAAAAUGUCUAGCCAACAUUAAUCCUUUGUUUACAUACUAGAUAUAUGCUGUCAUAAUCCCUUUGGAACAACACACCAAUCAUGCAAGUCAUCACUGUGAGAAAAACUGUGCACGAUUCUUCUGGCAAUAUUCUUUCACCCCCUCAUAAAAAUAGGUGCCAAAUUAUAUACUGGAAAGACUUUGUCCCAUUAUGGGUUUGUGUCUCUAUCUCUAUUCUUUCCUUAACAUAUUCUCCCUGGUAAGAACCUGUUGAACUACACAUUGACCUGAAGGGACCAUCAGUUUCCUCAAGACUUACCCAUGGGUGCAUGUUGCCAACAGAUAUACCAUGACAGGGCAGGAGAUCCAACUGCAGCCUGGGUGAAGCAACCCUAAUUCCCACCUCCUCGUACUGAAUUACACUUGCCAGAAUACAUCUUCCCAUUUGGAGGCAGAUUUUGGGAAAUAAUCUGCCUGGUUUCCGACCCAUCUCUCUAAAUUGCACAUGAAGUGCAAAGUGGUUUUCAGACAGCUUUGGAGCCCAGGGGAAAAAUUAUGGCCUAAAAUGUGACUAAUCCCCAAGAUCAGAUGGUUUCUCUUAAGGGUUUUUCAAUGUAGGGAUAUUACAAAUACCCUCAACAUAAUCAGCCAAAGCUGUCAGUUUAAGAACUGAUUCAUUAAACUGAAAAAUUAUGUAUGGCUCUUAUUUAUUAAAGAUGAGAGAAGAGAAUCAUGGAAUUAGAUACCAGUCAGCAAAUCAUCUAGAAUCCGUAUAGCUAAGCAUUGAGUGAUGAACAUCUUGUUAACUUUCAGUUGAUCAGAGGGAUCCAGCCUAAGUAUGGAUAAUGCAUAAUGAUUGAAGAUUUAUUGAAGAGAUAGCAAGGUGGUGGCCAAUGGAAUGUCUCUGGAAUGUCAAGGGAAUGUAGUAUUAGGCAGAUUCCUAAUGACAGAUGUGAUGGAACGAAUGGUUUGAAGUGUUUGUACUUUAAUGCUCAGAUUAUUAUGGGCAAGAGUCAUGAACGUAGCGCACAGAUCAGUACAUGGAACUAUGAUGUUGUGGCCAUUACAGAGACUUGGCUGAAAGAGGGACAGGAAUGGGUGAUCGAUGUAUCAGGGUGUCAAAGUUUUAGGAAGAAUAGAGAAGGGGGUAAAAGAGGAGGAGGAGUUGCAAUACUAGUUAGAGAUAAUAUAUCAGCUGCACUCUGGGAAGAUGUAAUGGAGGGCUCGGAUACAGAGUCUAUUUGGGUAGAACUCAGGAAUAGGAAGGGUGCAAUCACUCUCUUGGGGGUGUACUAUAGACCUCCCAAUAGCCACCGGGACAUUGAGGAACGGAUAUGCAAACAGAUUAGGAAAAUGUGUAAAAAUAACAAGGUUGUGGUCAUGGGAGACUUCAACUUCCCUGAUAUAAAUUGGGAUCUUUUUAGUGCAAGGGGGUUAGAUGGGGCAUAAUUUGUUAGGUGCAUCCAGGAGGGGUUCCUAAAUCAAUAUGUUGACAGUCCAACAAGGGGAGAGGCUAUUCUGGACCUGGUGCUGGGUAAUGAGCCUGGCCAGAUGACUCAUCUAUCGGUAGGUGAGCAAUUGGGGAACAGUGACCACAGCUCAUUAACUUUCAGGAUAGCAGUAGAUAAGGACAGGUAUGGGGUUAGCAGGAGGGUUUUAAAUUAGAGCACGGCUAAUUAUGAAGGCAUAAGGCAGGAACUAGGUUGAGUAAACUGGGAACACCUUUUUGCUGGCAUGUGGAAAGUGUGUAAGGAUCAAAUACAUAGAGUACAGAAUAGGUAUGUCCCGAUUAGAAGGAAGGACAUGAAUGGCAAAAUAAGGGAACCUUGGAUGUCCAGAGAAGUGAUGAACUUAGUCAAGAAGAAAAAGGACAAGUAUGUAGAGCUUUGGAAGUAGGAUCAGACAGAGCACGUGAGGACUAUAAAGAAGCUAGAAAUGAACUCAAGAAAGGAAUUAGGAAAGCUGGGAGGGACCAUGGAAAGUCCUUAGCAAGCAGGAUUAAGGAGAAUCCAAAGGCAUUCUAUACCUACGUCAGGAAUAAGAGGAUAACGAGGGAAAGGGUAGGACCACUUAAGGAUAAAGAAGGGAAUCUAUGUUUGGAUGCAGAGGAUGUGGGUGAGGUUCUGAAUGAGUAUUUCGCUUCAGUAUUUACCCAGGAAAGGGACAUGCAGGACGCAGAAAUUGGAACUGAGGGCAGAAAAAUGUUAGGUUACUGAGGAAGGCAAGAAAGGAAAUUGCUGGGGCCUUGACCAGUAUCUUUGUGCCCUCCCUGACCACUGGUGAGGUCCCGGAGGACUGGUGAGCGGCUAAUGUUGUUCCUCUAUUUAAGAAAGGAACAAGGGAAAAUCCAGGGAACUGUAGACCGGUGAGUCUCACGUCUGUUGUAGGGAAAUUAUUGGAGAAAAUUCUUAGAGAUAGGACAUACGAGCAUUGGGAAUCCAAUGGCUUGAUUAGGGGAAGCCAGCAUGGCUUUGUGCGGGGCAAGUCAUGUCUUACUAACCUGGCUGAGUUUUUUGACAAGGUGACGAGAGAGAUUUGUGAAGGUAGAGCUGUGGAUGUCAACUAUAUAGACUUCAGUAAGGCAUUUGACAAGGUCCCACAGAAUCAGUUAAUCAAGAAAGUUCAGAUGCAUGGUGCCAAUGGAGAAUUGUCUGUGUGGAUCCAGAACUGGCUUGGCCAUAGAAGACAGAGGGUGUUGGUUGAAGGGACUUAUUCGGGCUGGAGGCCUGUGAGUAGUGGUGUUCUGCAGGGAUCUGUACUGGGACCUCUGCUGUUUGUGAUGUAUAUAAGUGACCUGGAUGAAAAUGUGGAUGGAUGGGUUAGUAAGUUUGCAGACCAUACCAAGAUUGGUGGAGUUGUGAAUAGUGUAGAAGACUGGCGACGGAUACAGCGUGAUACAGAUCAGUUGCAGAUGUGGGCAGAGAAAUGGCAGGUGGAGUUUAACCCAGAUAAAUGUGAGUUGUUGCAUCUUGGUAGGAUUAGUGUCAAGAGGCAGUACACUCUUAAGGGCAAGACCCUUAACAGUAUUGAAGAGCAAGAGACCUUGGGGUGCAAGUCCAUGACUCAUUGAAAGUGGCUACACAGGUAGAUAGAGUGGUUAAGAAGGCUUAUGGAAUGCUUGUAUUUAUUAGUCAAGGUAUUGAGUAUAGGAGUCAAGGAGUUAUGAUGCAUCUCUAUAGAACUCUGGUUAGGCCGCAUCUAAAGUAUUGCGUGCAAUUCUGGUCACCUCACUACAGGAAGGAUGUUGAGGUUUUAGAGGGGGUGCAAAGGAGUUUUACCAGGAUGCUGCCUGGAUUAGAAGACGUGCUAUAGGAGAGGCUGGACAAACUUGGGCUCUUUUCACUGGAGCGGCGGAGGCUGAGGGGUAACCUCUUGGAAGUGUAUAAAAUUAUGAGGAGCAUAGAUAGGGUGGACAAGCAACAUCUUUUUCCCAUUACUGAGCGAUCCUAUACCAGAGGGCAUGCAUUUAAGGUGAGAGGGGGUAGGAUCAGAAGAGACAUGAGGGGUAUGUUUUUUACACAUAGAGUGGUGGAUACCUGGAAUGCAUUGCCUGAUAGGAUGGUGGAGGCAAAUUCAUUAGGGGAUUUUAAGAGGGGCUUGGAUGGGCACAUGAAUGAAAGGAAAAUAGAGGGAUAUGGGCAUUCUGUAGGUAGGAGGGAUUAGCUAUGUCGGCACAACAUUGUGGGCCAAAGGGCCUGUUCUGUGCCGUACUGUUCUAUAUUCUGGAUGUUCUUUCUAUGGUCUUGCAGAGGUCAUUAGAUGAAGUCCCUCAAUGAGACUACUUAGUAGAGUUGAAGCUCUUGAAAUUGAAGGCAAUAUAUUGAGCAGGCAAGGGAAUUGCCCAGUAGCAGGACAGUGAGUAGGGAUAAUGUGCAGGGAGUCAAAUUGGCAGCUCAUGACACUAUGUUCCUCUAGGAUCUAGGUUGAGGCCAGAACUGUUUACUGUAUUCAUAAAUUAAUUAAAUGAUAAGAAAGCCUUGUAUUCAAGUUUACUGAUAACACAAAAGCUUGUAAGCAGCAUAAGUCAAAGCAUUAAAUUUCAAGGGGAUCGUGAUCACUUUGAUCUAAAACUGCACCAAACAGAUAUCAGCAUGGGCAAGUUAAAAAGCCAAUGCAAGGUUAGCUUUUAUGUUCAAGCCCUGGUUGGAUAGUUCUGGGCUCCACGUCUUAGGUAGGAUAUAUAGGCUUGAUGGGGGUGCUCCAUUUCUUACAGUAUCUGUGCUUCAAGCAUUAAAUUAUGAUGAACAAUUAAACAAACUAGGGUAUUCCAUCAAAUUUAGAAGUGGUAGAAGGUAAAUAGGUAGUAGAAAUUUAGAACUUCCUUCUGCAAAUGAGGAUUGAUGCUCUAUCAAUUGUUAAUCUUAGAUUUGGAAAUUCAUAGAUUUUUGUUGAAUGUAGAUACCCUGGCAGGCAUCUGUUUGUUGGUCAUAGAUUAACCAUGAUCACAUUGAAGAGUGGAACAGAUUCUGGGUAAAAUAUUACACUCCUGUUCUAAUGUUUUUGAACUUAAAAGCUUUAUAGAUCUGGAUUUGAGACUAGGGAAGGAUCCCUCGGCUUAGGAGGGAAGGGUGAUCAAUUCAUGAGCAUCCUUUCCACUUCGGCCUCAUUUUGCAGCAGCACCUGCUGAAUGAGGUAGCAUCUCUGGCACAUCACACUCUUGCUCCCAAAAAAGGAUCUGCAGAACUACCUGAUGAUUAUCUCCAUUGCAAAGGCAGUUUUGAAUAGACUGCCCAGAAACCACUUAAAUUAAACAAUGCGUUAUAUUAAUGUCGAGACCAUUCAUAACUUUUUGGACAUACCUCCAACUCCUGAGUCUGAUCCUGAGGUGAGAGUUGAUCUCACCUUUUCUAAUUGACAUCACUAGUUUCCUGAAAUGAUUAUUUUCACUGAGGCUUAGACCUCCUUUAUUCAAGAACAUCAAGCUCCAGGGCAAGUUAAGAGACCAAACUCAAAGGGAAAAUGUAUUCCAUUCAGGUGCUUAAAGCUGCAGUGGGAAGCCUCGGAAUAUUUAUUGAUGAUUUAGUUAUUGUGAUGUUGAUCUGCUAAUUAGAAAAAGAAUGGGAUUAACUAUUUUGUACUCAUCUCCUGUGUGAGAUUAUUAAUACAGAAUGUUCCCUUAUAAACCCGAUUCGUGAACUCACUGGAAGCAAGGUCAUGAUGUAAAUGGAAGGAAGUUCUGUGCUCAGGCUGCCUCUUAUCACGAUCUCAAAGCAUGAAUCAUUAACACGAAGGGCGAUUACACUGAAUUACAUGAUAUAUGUGGCAGAGAAGCAAAGAGUUCGCCUAACCAGUUCAGGCCGGCACUUUUGUGCUAUUCUUGUAUACUCCCACUUUAUCUAAACCUAUCAAUAUACUGCUGCUCUCUCUUCUCCCUCUUUUGCUUGUGCACCCUCCUCAUAAUAUAGAUAAAAGUAUCUUUUUAUAAGUAUGAGGCAAUUCUGUGGAAUUGAUUUAAAAGCAAUGUAAAUAAUUGCUUCUCAAUGGUUCAUUUUAAAAAUGGGGAGCAGUUGCCACAUAGAGGAGGAUUCGGGAAGGCUGAGUUGUAAUUACGGUGCACAAUUAUCCCUCUGAUAUCCAGUGGUUGAUUCACCAGUUUGUAGGUGAACUGUCUGAAGGGUGGAGAGAGUCCAUGUUUCCAUCCAACACACUGCCAAGGUCAAUGGGCCCAUGGCCAAUUGGAACGGCAACAGUUUGGUCACUACCUCCUCUGGAGAUGUGGGCAACCAGUAGGAGAGGAACAGGUGUUACUGCAGGGACCAUGUCAGGAUGAACCAUCCACACACAUCGCUGCAGCUCUCCAACUUCACACGGGGGGUGCGAACUCCUCACUCCACUGGGGGCACUUGGGGUGCCACUCAGCAGCAGCCACAGAAGGAGACAUAGCCAUCCUCAUCGACCAGUCCCUCCCUCUGCCCCGACACUGCAGCACCGACAGGAGUGCUUCUGAAGGUUGUCAGGAUCAUUGGGAACCUCCGGAUAGGGGUUGCACUGGUGAAGCACAGUGAAGUGGUUGGGCACAGCCAGCUGCUCCUGCCGUGGGCCUGGCGUUGGUUCUGGCUAGGGUUACAGAGGAAGGGCAGGGCCUCAAGGCAUAUCUGGGAGAUGCGCACCUGCUGGGACCUGCCCAAGUGCACAGGCUUCAGGUGGAUCUGUGACACAGUGCCAAUGGAUCCACAUACACUGAGGUCACCAGAGGUUGGCUGUUGCUGUGGUUACUUGGCUUGGCUCCUUUGCAUCAUCCAUGGAGACAUUCCCAUCCAUUACCCUGAAUAAUUCAGUCAACUACAUUUUGAAAAUUUACCUUCAAGAACUUCAGAUUGUCACUGGGGAGCAUUUUGGAGGGUAUUACUGCAAGACUUGGCAAUAUUUAUGAUCUAGGUUUUAAUUAAAAUGAUAAAUAUUUUAUAACACUGACAUGAGAUAUGACAGAAUUCUAUCUAGACCCAUACUGUAUCUAUUGACUGUCUCCAAACAUGGAAUUCUUCUGAUGAGCCAUUUGGUUAUGGCAAGAGUGUCUAAGCAUUGUGUAUUAACCUCUUAGUAAAAUCCUGUUCUUUAUUUCUAGCAUUUUCAGACUCCUUAUCCAAGAGAAACUAGUAGUCUGGUGUGACAGAAUACCCCGGGAUCAAUUCAGUAAUAAUAUCUGUUGGCACAACUGAAAUAAUGCUCAGAUCAAGGCAUCUCUUUAACUAAUGGAUAGCAAGUCUUGGGCUUGUUAUUUUUAAUAGGAAUGCAUGACCUGGAGAAGGCAAUUUGAAGCAUAAUCUCCAGAUGAAACAUGGUGAGAAGCUGAGCAUAUGACCACCAAUUCAGAGAGAUUUAGGUCUGUUAGGAGUUGGGUCAUUGUGUAAGGUAUACAGGAGCAAGAUGUAUACUGAGUGGAACAGUCACAGUUCAAAGAUUGGUGAUGAAACAUAGCAAUAUUAUAAAAGGAAGAGCCCACUGAGUCUGUUUAACCAUUCAAUUGGAACAUGGCUGAUUAAAAUCUUAACUCAGUUUACCUGCCUUGAUUCUGUUACUUUCCUGCAACAGAAAGCUACCAGUUUUGAGAAUGAAGCAAAAAUUGAAUUGGUUGAUGAACUCAGUGGGUCAGGCAGCAUCUGUGGAGGGAAAUAGACAGUUGAUGUUUUGGGUUGAGACCCUUCAUCAUUCAUCAGUCAGCUGACAGUUUCUCUCCACAGAUGUUGCCUGACCCACAGAGUUCCUCCAGCAGCUCGUUUUUUACUCCAGAUUCCAGCAUCUGCAGACUCUUGUGUCUCAGUUUUGAUAUUUUCAUGCUGUAAGUAGGAAGAAGACAUUGAUCACCUUGUCCUUUCAUCUGGAACGUGAAUAAAACCAGCCAGGGCAAAUGAACAAUAGCUUCUCCCUUUUGGAUGUGGUGGCCCUGAUUAAAUUAAGAAGGACGAUGGGUGUGGGUUUACAACACAAAAUUGCCAGAUGUCAAAAUCUUGCUCCAACAGAAGCAAAAGCAAUUGAAAUUGCCACACUGAAACUUCAGAGCUUGGGUGGGUCACUUCAUCUUAUUGUGUAGAGAUAAUCUGACCAAUGCAGAAUUAUUCUGUUUGAGUUUCAUACUCAACUAGAUGUGAAAGAGAUACUAGUGUUCCUUCCGUAGUUCUUCAAGCCCUUAUCUGAUGGAAACUAAAUUCUUCUCUCCGCACUCACCACCUAGCAAAUAAGUACAAUAGUACAGCUACUUGUAAAUAUAUAGCACUUCUAACAUAGUGAAACAGCCCAAGGCAUUUCAAUGGGAACAGAAUGUGACAAUAAGUCAUAUAAGGAAAUAUUAGGACAGAGGUGAAAUAAAUUGAUUUUUAAAAACCUAUUGAAGAAAGAUCAGGAUAUCGAGGGGCAGUGAGGCUUAAGGAGAGAAUUCCAGAGUAGUCCCUGGACAGCUGAAUGGCAAGCAAAAUUACCUUUGUUCUUGCAAAGGCUGAUUUGUAAACUUUUAAUUUCAAUAUUAGUGAAGCUGUACUAGUAAUUCAGUUGGUGUAGAAUUAAUGGCUGUGCCUUUUUUACAUACAACCAUAGAGACACAAAUUUCAAGUAUUAACAGUUAAAACUGAACAAUCUGACUACAUUGGGGGACUAAUAAAUGUAGAGUUCUUUUACAUGAAAUCUCCCUGAAGCGUUUUAUAACAUAGAAUGAUCUCCCUCUCAUGAUAUGAGAAGUGUUGCCUGAUACACAGAUCUUCAUUAAAUGGCUGGGGGAAAGCCUUUGGAAGAAAAAAUAAUAUUUCCAUGAACAGCUGUCUUUCAAAAAUAUCCAUCCUUUCCAUCUAGGAGUUUUAUCAAAUAAUGAUUGUCUUCCAGUUGUACUUUUUUUUAAAAAUUCUGACUCUGCCAAUGUUAGGUUGAUGGUCAGAUGAAAGCUGUAAGACUUUUGAGGAUCCCCUGUCCACUCUGGAGUCUUGAGCUGAAUCUGAGGAGCCAGUAGGGAGAAACAAAUGGUACUGUAAUGAUCUUGUACCCCAAGGUGUCUUGAAUUCUUUGAAAAUAGGAUAAGGUACAGUAUUUAAUCAAAUGUGACAGGAAACUCUUCUAUUGGAACAUAAUUAAAUUUUCUUUCUGCUGUAUUAAUCAGUCAUACAGUUUGAACAGUUCUGAUGCCUUCUCUGGUGCUUCAUAGAGUGGCAGGUCUCCAUUGAGCUGAUGGCUUGAUUUAAUGCCAAUUUAGUUUUCAUCCCUGGAGUUGAAAUUUCAGAUGAACACUCUCUAGAACAGUGCAUUUGUGGGCUUCUGUCAUGGCAUUUACAAUAUGCUGUAGGGGUAACUUUACCCUACAUUUGAUUUUGUCUACUUUUGUACAUAACACAGUCUGGUGCAGGAUAGUAGAUACGACUGUGCAUGUCCUUGAGUAAGUAAAGUUGGCAUAAUUACAGUACAGUAUUACAGCAUGAUGCCGCUGUGGUAGUGGGAGCAGCAUUCCAUUGUGCUCACACAAUGUGAACUUUGCUUCUAGAGCUUUACAUGUCAAACCUUUGAAUCUCAAGUCUGUAGUUGGAUCAUUUUUCUUACAAAUAGCAUUAGGCAUUAUUUCAUCCUUCCAUUUCCCAGAAGCAUAUCGGAAUGUACGGGACUCAUUUAGAUUUGCGGCCACUAACAAAAAUCGGCACUAUCCUCCAUUAAUAAUUCACAUGCCAUCAGGCCAAGAUUCAUCCUGGAUCUGAGGACUCUCAUUACCACUUUGUGAGGCUUCAUGGACUAACAAUGACUCGCUGGGCUUUCGAGGAAACACGCCAAGACCUGUUGAUAGCAUGUUAACACUUGCUGUGCUGUUGCGGAAUUGAACAGAGACCCACUGAGGUUUCAUGUAGAGACCCCAAGACCUGCCAAAGCUUACCAAAGUCUCACUAAAAUAACGGAGCUUCCUGCAAGCUUGAGUAUAUGGACUUACAGUUUACGGUUCCCCAAUAAAUGGUGUGCGGGUUCUGUUCAUUGUUAACAAAUCUCUACUAAUUGCCUUUCAUAUAAAUGUGGUUGGGGGAAAAGGAGGUAAUUAGAAAAAGGGAAUCUUUGGUGGCAGAAUGGGAAUCGUUAAUUGCAAAAAGUUUUCUGGCCUUAGCUUUUCAGUGUUCUAAUGCACAAAAUGCUUUUUCCACACCUAUACUUUUGUGUUUGAGGUAGAUCUCCAACAGACCCUAUAAUCUCUGUCUCCUUGCUUCUGUUCAUCUGUCUGUAAUCUACUUUCUGCUAUGAAUUAAGGCAGUGCAUGUUGCUAUAUAUCAGACACUUCUGACAACCACCUAAAUUUGGGGCUUUUAGGGGGAAUGGGGGGGGUGCGAGAAAGAGUCAAUUAGUGGUGAUAGUAAUCAGAUCUAAUUUGAUGCUAAUAUUUUGGAGGUACUAAAUCCAAAAAGUGCCACUUUAUGUGUUUCUGGGUAAAACAAAAUCUGUCAAUACCAGAAGAUGUUAGAAAGGCUCUGCUAUACUGUCACCCCUAGCUCUGUAUAUAAGCAGCAUGUGAUACCUUCUUAAUCAGCAUGUCCAAACUGGUUACCUUGGAAUCCGCAUGAUGUUUUGGAGUGAACUUGGGUGCAGAAAGGAAGCAAAACGUGAUUUUGUAUUGAGGUGCCUGCAAUACUGAGACUGUCUUCCAGUGCAUGCAGAUAUAAAGCUCUAUUAACCACUUUGUCCUGAUGAUGCAUAUAAAGUGAUACCACACA